UCUCUCUCUCUCUCUCUCUCUCUCUGGAAGGUGAAACUUCUUGAGUGUGUCAGGGUGGGCGGUGUGUAUUAAUUGCCCCUCUGACAGUAAGUGUGUGUGGCCCUUGUGUUAGAGCCCCAGGCUGCAGCAGAAGCUCCAGGAGCUGCUGGUGACUCACUGGCGCGCGCUGGAAGGAUAAAUAGCGGAUUGGCGGCUGAAGGAGGGAAAGAACCCAGACGCGCGAGCCACACCGGGCUGGAGUUUAAACGGAGCGGAUCACAGCCGCGCGGGGAGCUUCUCACACAGAAUAAGGCUGAAUUAAGGCUGAACGAGGACUGGAUAAGGACGCUAGAGACGCUCACUUCGAGCUGGAGUGACAAGUCUGCGCACCUGUACCUGCAAACACGGUUCGUGAUGGCAGCCUCUUCAUCUUCCUCUUCAUCAGCCUGCGAUCCUCAGCUGGACCCAAACACAACUAAUGUACGACCACCUCCAUCAGCGUGUGACGGGUGGUACGGGGUCGCGCACGGCUGCACGAGGAAGCUGGGGAUGAAGAUCUGUGGCUUCCUGCAGAAGAACAAUAGUUUGGAUGAGAAAGGACGCAUAGUAGGCGCUUUCAGCCAGAAGCAGCAGCUGGUGAGUGAGCUGGGUGAGAGAGAGCAGCGCUUCAGACGCACUGAGACCGACUUCUCCAACCUGUUUGCUCGAGAUUUACUUCCUGCUAAAAAUGGCGAGGAGCCAACCAUGCAGUUCCUCCUGGAGGUGGUGGACAUCCUCACCAACUACAUCCGCAAGACUUUCGACAGAUCUACCAAAGUGCUGGACUUCCAUCACCCCCACCAGCUGCUGGAGGGCAUGGAGGGCUUUAAUCUGGAGCUUUCUGACCAGCCCGAGUCUCUAGAGCAGAUACUAGUGGACUGCAGAGACACACUGAAGUACGGAGUCCGAACAGGACAUCCCAGGUUUUUUAACCAGCUGUCCACGGGUCUGGACAUCAUCGGUCUGGCUGGAGAGUGGCUGACCUCUACAGCUAACACCAACAUGUUCACCUAUGAGAUUGCUCCUGUGUUUGUGCUGAUGGAGCAGCUGACACUGAAGAAAAUGAGAGAGAUUAUCGGCUGGCCUAACGGAGAGGGAGAUGGACUUUUCUCACCAGGUGGCGCCAUAUCCAACAUGUAUAGUGUGAUGAUUGCUCGGUAUAAGUAUUUUCCUGAGGUCAAAACCAAAGGCAUGUCAGCUGCACCACGUCUCGUUCUUUUUACAUCAGAGCAUAGCCACUAUUCGAUCACCAAGGCUGGAGCUGCUCUGGGCUUUGGUAAAGAAAACGUCAUCCUACUCAGCACAGAUGAGAGGGGACGGGUCAUACCCGCUGACCUGGAGGCCAAGAUCAUUGACGCCAAACAGAAGGGUUAUGUGCCACUCUUUGUGAAUGCAACAGCUGGUACCACAGUAUAUGGAGCAUUUGACCCUAUCAAUGACAUCGCUGAUAUCUGCGAGAAGUACAACCUCUGGCUGCAUGUGGAUGGCGCAUGGGGCGGCGGCCUGUUGAUGUCCAGGAGACAUCGUCACAAGCUGAGUGGCGUUGAGAGAGCAAACUCAGUCACAUGGAACCCGCACAAGAUGAUGGGCGUACCACUCCAAUGUUCCGCCAUUCUGGUCAGAGAGAAGGGCAUUCUGCAGGGCUGUAACUCCAUGUGUGCCGGAUACCUGUUCCAGCCAGAUAAACAGUACGAUGUUACGUACGACACUGGAGAUAAAGCUAUCCAGUGUGGCCGACAUGUCGACAUCUUCAAGUUCUGGCUCAUGUGGAAAGCCAAGGGUACAGUGGGGUUUGAGCAGCACAUAGACAGGUGCCUGGAGCUUUCCGAAUAUCUGUACAACAAAAUCAAAAACCGCCCGGGUUACGAAAUGGUCUUUCAAGGAGAGCCUCAGCACACUAAUGUCUGCUUUUGGUACAUUCCACCGAGUAUGAGGAACAUGCCAGAUGGAGAGGAGCGAAGGGAGAGACUGCACAAGGUGGCACCAAAGAUCAAAGCAAUGAUGAUGGAGUCCGGCACCACCAUGGUGGGCUACCAGCCACAGGGAGACAAAGUCAACUUCUUCCGAAUGGUGAUCUCCAACCACGCCGCCACCAGGUCUGACAUUGACUUCCUAAUCGAUGAGAUUGAGAGGCUGGGACAUGACCUGUGAUUGUGCCCUCGCCUGGAAAUAGGAAGAAACUGCAGCACCCAAUGAGUCAAAAACGUGUGUAAUGUCUGGCGAUAUUGUGCUUAGCUCUAUUGUGUUUAUCUGUUAUUUUCUGUCCUAUCAGUAGUAACUUCCAUUAUUGUGCUGUUGGAUUUUUAGUGUGUACAGAAAACGCUCUUCACACAAAGCCCACCAGUAAUUGAUUUCUCCAUGCUCUUCUCACUGAUGCGCUUUUUACUAAUGAAUGUUGCCAGGUUGGUCAAGCUUUACAGAACACCGACACAUUUCCUCUUCAACCUAAUGAGGAGACAGUAAACUUUCUGUUUAGCAUUUCCAACAGAUGUUCAUCCCUAAAAAAAAACAAAAGUCCUUUCACACACAUGCAAAAUGAACAUUAAGAUUAAUAACGCUCUACAAACGAACAAGAACGAAUUGUGUGCUGAAGGUGCGAAUUAGGUUGAAUCGUAUUUUUGCCAGCGUUAUGUAAACUUGUUUAGCCUAGCAACCGUAGCUAUGAAAGAAUGCCAAACAUGGAUAGGUUAGUUACAGUGCUGUGUUUUAAUGCCAUGCCAUUCAGACCAAUACAUAUAUGUAUAUAUGUAUUGAUCUGAAUAUAUAAAAUAACUAAAUAUAUAUAUACAUACUUUUAAAAAACUAUAUAUUAUGAUAUGCGUGUAAAGACUACAUUCAUGGUGCUUCAGUUGUAAAUACACUACUAAGACAAGCAAGGCGCGCCACCCUUUUAAUAAAGUCAGAAUUCCUCCCUGUGUAUAUGUGGGGUUUAUGGUCGUGCUAAGAUCCAUAUCCCAGCGUUGUGUUUUUAGAACUUACCUUGUUGUAGGUCCUGUAAAAAAAAACGUGUUCAAAUCGGCACCUUUGUGAGGUGAAAACGUCUUUAAUUUCCAGUCAAAAUGCUCUAUGACAAUGACGUAAGUAUUUAAAUGAUAAACCUUUAUUUAUAUUGUGACAUUAAGAGUGUUUGAGAAUGCAGUAUUUAUUUCAUUUGUAAUGCAUCUUACUGGUAUUCAAAACACAUUUCAUGUAAUCAAACAUGUUUGUGGUCUAAUAGUGAAUUUGUGAGCCAAAGACAGAGAACUAUUGUCGCAUAUGUUACACUAAACACUUUCUAUUAAGUAUUCUUUGAGAUAACCUGGUACAUAAAGUAUAUAAAAACACUUCUAUAUAAAUAUAUAUAUAUAUAUAUAUAUAUAUAUGAUAUAUAUUUACUGUGAGUGUGUGUGUGUGUGUAUUGUUCAGGCCCUUGACCUCAGUGCAAUCAGUGUGUUGUGAAUCUGUGAUGUUGUGUGUAACUUUGACUGAAUGUUUUAAAGCAGUUGCAUCAAUCAACAGUGUGAAAUUAGUUAUUUAUCUGUAAAUGAUAACUGGUUAUCAAUGCAAGCUAUUUAAAUCUCUGUCACUUCUCCAUGUAGAAAAAAGCACAAAUUAGAAGAAAGGCAGAGAAAUAUGAUCUUUAGGAAAUGUAAAGGCUGUAUUAAAGUGACUAAAUUAAACGUAGUAAUGUUUUAUUAUUGUAUAUAAAACUUCUACACAGCAACUGUGAAAUUUGAAUCCUUACUGUUGGUUUGCACAAUGUCUUUCUCGGGAUGAAACAGCUUCCGUAGUGCUCAGCGGAGCACAGAGCUUAGUUUUAUGUCGUUGCGACUUUUUGAAUGGACAGACUGUAAAUGGUGAAUGAAUGUGGGGAAAGAAACUCUCCCAGCAAUGGUCGGCACUUUAACAUGCAUAACAUGCCAUGUCAACACUGUUACUGUCAACUGUACAAUGCAAAUAAAGUCUAUUAAUCCAUCAUAA